CUCGCGCGUGGGAAAAAUCUAGCAGAAAAAAAAACCACCUUUCAGUUACCGGAGAUGGCGUCUCCGGCGACACUUCCUCCGUCGUCUUCCUCCUCCUCCUCUACUCCGCUACAACGCCUCUCCACCUUCAAAAACCCUCCACCUUCCUCUUCCUCCUCCUCCUCUGCCGCCGCAUCUCAGCCGUCUUCCUCGCCGCUUGACUCUUUCGCCAACGAUCCGGUCCUCUCUCCCUUCCUCUCCCCUUCCUUCUCCUCUGCUUCAUUCUCCUCCGCCGCUCUCGCCUCCGGAUCUCCGGCAUCCACCGCCGAGCGCCUCCACCAAGCCAUCCGCCUACUCGACUCGCAGCUCCGCCACGACGUCGUUUCUCGCCACUCCGAGCUUCUCUCCCAGCUCUCUUCUCUCUCCCAGGCCGAGAUCUCUCUCUCAUCCCUCCGCUCCUCCGUCUCUUCCCUCCAGUCUUCGCUCCGCCGGGUUCGAUCCGAUCUCUCCGAGCCCAUCCGCUCCAUCCGAUCCAAGUCCGUACAGCUCUCCAAUCUCCACUCCGCCGCUGAGUUCCUCUCUCAUUCCGUCCGUACGCUUCGCCUCUCGAAGAAGCUUCGAGAUCUCGCGGAUUCUUCGGAUCCGGACAGGAUCGACCUCACCAAGGCUGCUCAGCUCCAUUUCGAGAUCUUGACCAUGUGCAAAGAGUACGAUCUCUUCGGCAUUGACGUGAUCGACGAAGAAAUCAAGUACGUCAAUGAGAUUGGGGAGAAAUUGAGAUCGGAAGCGAUGAAUGUGUUGGAGAGAGGAAUGGAAGGGUUGAAUCAGGCUGAAGUAGGAACUGGGCUGCAAGUUUUCUAUAACCUGGGAGAGUUAAAGCCAACGGUGGACCAGUUGGUGAAUAAGUACAAGGGCAUGGCCGUGAAGAGCGUGAGUGCCGCCAUGGACAUGAAGGCGGUUUCUUCCGGCUCCGGUGGUGGAUUCGGACCCGGCGGCAUUCGAUCUAGCGGAACGCCGCAGAUCGGCGGCGGAGCCAAGGCUAGGGAGGCGUUAUGGCAGAGGAUGACGAGUUGUAUGGAUCAGUUGCAUUCAAUCGUACUCGCUGUUUGGCACUUGCAACGGGUGUUGUCGAAGAAGAGGGAUCCCUUUACCCAUGUCCUGCUUCUUGACGAAGUCAUCAAGGAGGGUGAUCCCAUGUUAACCGAUAGGGUCUGGGAUGCGUUAGUGAAGGCAUUUACCACCCAAAUGAAGUCUGCUUUCACCGCAUCAAGUUUCGUGAAGGAUAUAUUUACGAUGGGAUACCCUAAGCUCGUGUCUUUGAUGGAAAACCUUCUCGAAAGGAUCUCUCGCGAUACCGACGUGAAAGGAGUAUUGCCCGCGGUUACUUCAGAACGCAAGGAACAGAUGGGUGGAUCCAUCGAAAUCUUCCAGACCGCCUUCUUGUCACAAUGCCUGGGCCGCCUGUCAGAUCUCGUGAAUGCCAUAUUCCCGAUGUCCAGCCGGGGAAGUGUACCUUCUAAAGAACAGAUCUCUCGGGUAUUAUCACGCAUUCAGGAAGAGAUUGAGGCCGUUCAGCCAGACGGUCGUUUGACUCUUCUCUUGUUGCGGGAAAUAGGAAAGGUCCUCCUUCUCCUCGCCGAACGAGCCGAGUACCAGAUUUCUACGGGUCCCGAGGCACGCCAAAUAACGGGCCCUGCUACUUCAGCACAGAUAAGGAACUUCACAUUGUGUCAGCAUCUACAAGAUAUUCACAUGCGGAUCUCAUCUAUGAUCUCGGACCUUCCCAGUAUCGCCGCCGAUGUGUUAUCUCCUUCUCUGGGCGCGAUCUAUGGCGUGGCAUGUGACUCGGUAACAUCCUUGUUCCAAGCAAUGGUGGACCGUCUCGAAUCGUGCAUCCUACAAAUCCAUGAUCAGAACUUUGGUGCACUCAAUCUCGAUUCUGCAAUCGACAACAACUCUUCCCCUUACAUGGAGGAACUCCAAAAAUCGAUUCUCCACUUCCGAAGCGAGUUUCUGUCCAGAUUAUUACCUUCCACAGCGAGCGGUAACCCUACUGUGACAGAGUCUAUAUGCAUGAGGCUAGCGAGGAGUAUGGCUUCUCGGGUUCUGAUCUUCUUCCUCAGACACGCAUCUCUCGUGAGACCGCUGUCUGAAUCGGGUAAACUCAGGAUGGCUAAAGACAUGGCAGAGCUCGAACUAGCGGUGGGGCAGAACUUGUUUCCCGUCGAACAACUAGGCUCACCUUACAGAGCCCUCCGAGCAUUCCGGCCGUUGAUUUUCCUCGAAACCUCUCAGAUCGGGUCGUCUCCUCUGGUCGGGGAUCUGCCCCCGAGUAUCGUCCUUCAUCACCUCUAUUCCCGAGGCCCUGACGAGUUGCAGUCGCCGAUGCAGAGGAACAAGCUCACGCCUUUGCAGUACUCGUUGUGGAUGGACUCGCAGGGGGAGGAUCAGACAUGGAAAGGCGUAAAGGCCACUCUGGACGAUUAUGCAGUGGCCGUUCGGACAAGAGGUGAUAAAGAGUUCAGUCCUGUUUAUCCUCUUAUGCUUCAGCUCGGAUCUUCUUUGUCCGAUAAUGUAUCCAAAUAAAAGAAGAAAAAAUAAACCAUCAUCGAUCGUUUUACUACUGCUGCUUUCCAGACCACGGAAACGGUUUUGAAUUUGAGAUUUCGAUUUUAUCGAUUUUUUAUAAAAUUUUCAACUUUUUUCUUUUAA